AAUUAAAAUGAUGAUGGAAAUGUAUGUGUAUUGGACAGCCAAAUGUGAGUUCAUAUUUGAAAGGUAACAUAUAGAAUCAAUUUUUAAAGCUGGAGAAUUUAUGAUGAUUAACCAUUCUUGUUAUUUUGUGGUUGUUUCUUAUCUUGCUUAUAUGCAAUUAUUCAUAUCAUGUAUAUGCUUUAAGGGGAUAAAGUAUAAAUCUUUUUGAAACAAUAUAUGUAUUAAUUAUGAUUUAUCCUAUUAGGUCAAGAAGACUAGGGUUUUCUAUAUACUAAUUCUUUUUAACUUUAUCAAGUAUGGUUACUAUGAUGCUAUUAAUGACAAUGAAUGGAUGGGUUAAUUUAUCAGUUGGUAUAGGAUACACUAUUGGUUAUGGAAUUACAUAAAUCACUAAAUCAAAGUCUUAGUAUACUCAAGUUGAUACAAUAUGA